CCGUUCAGCUCUGCAGCAGGACCUUACCUGUUCCUCGGUCCAGCGCCUUACCUGUUCCUCGGUACAGUCAGCAGUCUCUUAGUCAUCUCCUGUACUGUUCUGCAAUCUCUGCUCAUCUCCUGUACUGUCCGCAGUAUCUGGUCAUCCCCUGUACUGUCCGCAGUCUCUUGGUCAUCCCCUGUACUGUCCGCAGUCUAUUGGUCAUCCCUUAUACUGUCUGCAGUCUCUGUUCAUCUCCUGUACUGUCCGCAGUCUCUGGUCAUCUCCUGUACUGUGUCCUGUACUGUGUCCGCAGUCUCUGGUCAUCUCCUGUACUGUGUCCGCAGUCUCUGGUCAUCUCCUGUGCUAUGUCUGCAGUCUCUGGUCAUCUCCUGUACUGUGUCCGCAGUCUCUGGUCAUCCCCUGUACUGUGUCCGCAGUCUCUGGUCAUCUCCUGUACUGUGUCCGCAGUCUCUGGUCAUCUCCUGUGCUAUGUCUGCAGUCUGGUCAUCUCCUGUACUGUGUCCGCAGUCUCUGGUCAUCUCCUGUACUGUGUCUGUAGUCUCUAGUCAUCUCUUGUACUAUGUCUGCAGUCUCUGGUCAUCUCCU